UGCAGACCAGCCCUCCAGACAAGCAUUUCUACUUCGUCUCCCCUCCCCCUGCUAAGGUUCCUCUUGACUGGCCAGGGGAGAGCAGAGGGAGAAGCAGGGAAGGGUGCAGGCACUGAAACUGAGGCAGAUGGCCCAUUGGUGAAUGCUAGCUUAGUUACCUGCAUCUUUAAAAGGUAGCUGGUCAUCUCAAAUGACUGUUUCAGCUGGCGCAGUCAAGGUUUGUCGUGCUGUUCACGGAUGACCUGGGCCAUAUUUCCCAGUGGCACUCCAUCAUGGCUGGGAGUCUCGCAGGCAUGGUUUCCACCAUUGUGACAUAUCCUACCGACCUCAUCAAAACCCGGUUAAUUGUGCAGAACAUGCUGGAACCAUCUUACAGGGGAAUCUUCCAUGCUUUUUCUACUAUUUAUCAACAGGAAGGCUUCCUGGCCUUUUAUCGAGGGGUUUCCCUUACUGUUUUAGGUGCUGUCCCUUUCUCUGCUGGCUCCCUUCUAGUUUACAUGAAUCUGGAGAAAAUCUGGAAUGGACCCCGAGAUCGAUUCUCUCUCUUCCAGAACUUUGCCAAUGUCUGCCUGGCUGCUGCCGUGACCCAGACACUCUCCUUCCCCUUUGACACUGUGAAGAGAAAGAUGCAGGCUCAGAGCCCCUACCUUCCCCACUGUGGAGGAGUAGAUGUCCAUUUCUCAGGAGCAGUGGAUUGCUUCCGGCAGGUAGUGAAAGCCCAAGGGGUCCUGGGGCUCUGGAAUGGAUUGGCAGCCAACUUGCUGAAGAUAGUUCCGUAUUUUGGAGUUAUGUUUAGCACCUUUGAGUUCUGCAAGAGAAUCUGUCUUUACCAAAAUGGUUACAUCAUGUCUCCCCUGAGCUAUAAAUUGACCCCAGGAGUGGAUCAGAGUUUGAAGCCCCAGGAAUUACGGGAAUUAAAGAAGUUCUUCAAAACUGGACAACUGAAGUCUAAAAAACCAACUCUUUAAAACUGAAUGGAUCUUGAAGUGCACGGACUGAAGGCAUGUUACAAUCAGAAAUAAAUGUAGCCUCAGAAUUGUGCACGCAUGGAGUGAUGAGAGGGUGCUCCUGUCUGCUGCUCUUGGAAAUGAGAAGAUUCAGCCAUAUACCACCUCUGAGCUCCUGAUGGCCCUAUGAACACCUGAGCCACCAGAAGGUUUCCCAAUAUGACCAUCUUAUAAUGGCAUCCCACCAGAUUUUAGAACAAAACCUAGCAGUAAUGAAAUGUGUAAUUUACAAUCUGAAUAUGAAUAUGUAAUUCACAUGACACCAAAGGGGGGCAUUGCCAUGACUCCUCAAAGCAACGUGUAGUUGAAAUGGCUGAGCAGAUAGCACAUUGUGAGCUCCACCACAGGCUCACAGCUUGCGCUAACGCACGUCAGCCUAGUUUCACCCAGAUUAACCCCCGGAUUCCCAAAACAGUGGUUCUGGAACUCAUAAUCUUUGCUGGCUUCUGAGUGCACACACCACAGUGUAAAUUAUGCUUAUCAGAAACUAAGUGAAAAUAUUUAACAUUAAACAUUACCACUGUCAUAGUAGAACCAUCCUUUAAAUUUGAAGCAUCUUAGGCUUAACAUUUUGUGUUUCUGGAUGGUAGUUUAUACCAUGACUGCUUCAUUAUGUCCCAAAAGACCUUCUUCCGUUGAAGUCAUGUGUAGUUCAAGUGGCCUGAAUUCUCUGUCUUUUUAAAUUGCUUUGCAAGCCUACCCUGAAAAUAAAUUAUUUAGUCAACUUAUUCUCACAUGUCCCCAUUGCCUAGAAAGGAUCAAAUAGAGCAUUUGACAUACAUACACAUGUGUAAACACAAAAUGUAACUAAACAAAAACACUUCAGGCUAAUCAUCUCUACUAGAUUUUUUUUAAACCAAAUUUCUUGUUUAUUCCACCUUAGGGAUUCUAUGUCAAGUUUAUAUAACUGUACCUUUUGAAUAGUGGUUAUCUGUGCACUAAAAAACAAUAUCUAAUGUUAAGUUGUUUAUAUACACACACACACACACACACACACACACACACAGGCUUUCAGUAUGUUGAAAGUAUUUUCCCUAUUAAAUUUAUUUUCCAAAUAAAAA